AUGGGGGAGAAUCAGGCGGCGGAGCCACCCGCGACGACUAUGGAGCGCGUCGGAGAGUCGGCGAAGAACAGUCAGGAGAGGGCAAAGCUGCUUCGCCUGGAGGAACUGAACUGGGACCACUCCUUCGUGAGGGAGCUGCCGGGAGAUCCCAGAACGGAUUCCACUCCCCGAGAGGUAAACUUCUUUUGGCCAUCGACGUUGACGAACACCCCGACCGCUGUAACUGUUCAGCAGAAAAAAGCCCACAGAAAUUCGUUUGACGACUUUCUGUGACUGUAAUCUUGGUUUGAUCGGCUGUUACGAAUCCUUUUCUCACUCUACUUAUGAGAGCAAGAGCGGCUCUGAAUAGCGAUCACUGAAACAUGGGAGCUCUUGGUGCCCACCACUAGAAUCUCCGGUUGCCCUUUCAUGAAACACACGGAACCACAGGAGUAGAAAUUAUUCGAGCUACCUUGCUCUUCCGUCGUGGCAGUGAUCGGUUGUGUGCUGGUAAUAUCUGUGGAGCAUCUGGCUUCUGCAGGAGUUCAUACGACGUGUUGGCACGAACCUUUGUGGGGGGGGCAUCUCCAUCAGUGAACGAAGUUGCUUAUUGCUUCCAAUCUUCGGAUCAAUUAGCUUGGCAGCAGUGGGCGGAAAUCGAUAGUUUUUUAAUUGAAGUGACGAACUGUUUACUAUUUCAUCAAAACCUUAGGAUUUUGAAAUGGUGUGGUUAAGCGUUGCUGGAUAUUAGCUAAGGCAAGGGAACUACAAGGGGCUUAUUUUUUUCUUGCCGCGUCUGAGUGCUCACUGCAACAUACUUGGGAUUCAUUUCAGAAUUGGGCCAAAAUCACAACUAUUACCUGAUCUGAUUGGACACCAUGCUUGCAGUUUUUUUUUUUUUAAAAGACUAAGUACAGCGCUUUUGUUCAGGGCUUUAUAUAAUAUUAUCAAUAAUCAAUUCGGAAAUUACAUGGAGAAUCAUCUCCUCGAAUCUGGCUUGCAGGUUGUAGGUGCAUGCUACUCAAAAGUAUCUCCUUCUGCCAAAGUGGGGAAGCCUGAGCUUGUUGCUCGGUCCGAGUCGGUUUCUGAAUUACUGGAUUUGGAUCCUGCAGAGUGAGUCAUCGUGCUACUUGGCAAAAAACUAAGAACAUCUCCUGCUGGUCGUGUCUUUGCCAUGCAAAUUAUCAAGUGUCAACAAGGUUUAAUGCAGGACGCUGUGGCCAUUCAGCCAAUAAAUCGACCGUGAAAGGAGAUGCUGCUGCGAUUAGGAGAUUAGCCACAAAAUUCUGCACAUCUUCGGGGAUUGCUCGACUCCCAUCGUCGAUCAUACUAAUCAUUUCCUUAUAUCUAAAUGAAAUCGGAGGUUUUUCCUGGGGAACUUCGAUUUUCGAUGUACGCGUGUGCUGCCUUCUCAUGACCACGCCCUCUGUUAUUUCAGAUUCCAGAGGCCGGAUUUCCCUGCGAUAUUCUCCGGAGCUAUACCUCUGGUUGGAGGGUAAGUGUGAGCUUUCUUCUUCCUUGAGAUCGGCGAUUGGUAUUCUGUUCAGGUGUUUGCUUGAAUUCAUCGUCGACUCAGAGUGUCGGCUUUACAGGUUGCCGUACGCCCAGUGCUAUGGAGGGCAAUGGUUUGGUAUGUGGGCCGGCCAGCUUGGGGACGGCCGUGGAGUCACCCUUGGGCAACUGGUGAAUUCUCGCGGCGAGAGAUUGGACCUGCAGCUCAAGGGCGCCGGGAAGACUCCCUACACCCUCCAGAAUGCAGAUGGCCUCGCAGCCCUGGGCGGCAGCAUUCGUGAGUUCCUCGGCUGCGAAGCCAUGCAUGGGUUGGGGAUUCCCACGGUCCGGGCUCUCUGCCUCAUCGCCACUGGCGAACUCGUCUACCGGGACGUGUUCGAUGAGUACGCAGAACCUCCUCUUCGUUGUUCUACCUGCAGUUUCAUACAUUUUCCAUCUUUAGAUGAAUGCAAUUUCUGUUUUUGUUCUUGUUGUUCUUGGUUCUGAAUCCAAGGAAAAAUAUGGAAGCUCUUACAUCGACUCACCGUUCGAGCUGAAUUGCAGUGGGAAUCUGAAGCAGGAGCCCGGCGCGAUCGUGUGCAGGGUCGCCCCGUCCUUGCUGAGAUUUGGUUCCUUCCAGAUUCACGCCUUCAGGGGCGGAGAAAGCCUUGAGAUCAUCCGCCUCCUGGCUGACUACGCCAUCCGGCACCAUUUCCCCCACCUCGAGAAGACCCACAAGAGCGAGGCCCCGCGCAAUAAAUAUGCAGGUGAUGAUCUUCAUCACUGCCACGCUUUUAGAUAGCAGGAAUAUCGCGAAUAACUCAGUCAGAUGUCGACGAUGCCAGAUUUGGCCGUGGAAGUGGCGGAGAGGACGGCCUCCUUGGUCGCCGGCUGGCAGGGCGUCGGCUUCACCCACGGGGCGUUGAACACCGACAACAUGAGCUUGCUGGGUCUCACCAUCGACUACGGGCCCUUCGGCUUCCUUGAUGCCUUCGAUUCGAACUACACUCCGAACACGGUAGACCUGCCGGGAAGAAAGUACCGCUUCGCCAAUCAGCCGGACGCCUGCUUGUGGAACGUAGCCCAGUUCACCAGUACCCUGUCAACGGCCAAGCUGAUUACAGAGGAUGAAGCCAACCAGGCCGUAGGGAGGUGAGCCGGUCCGACUCCUCCUGCAGGGUUUCAGGACUGGCUGGCCCCUGAAUCAGCUUCUUCGUGUGGUGGACAGGUACGGGGACAAGUUCAUGGAGGAGUACAGGUCCAUAAUGACCAGGAAGCUGGGCUUGCCCCAGUAUAACGAGGAGCUCGUCAGUAAGCUCCUCACCAACUUGUCUGUGGAUAAGGUCGACUACACGAAUUUCUUCCGCUUGCUGUCCAACGUGAAGGCGGUGGUGGCGGCGGCGGACCUGGAUGAAAAGGACCUACUGGCUCCUCUCAGGGCUGUUCUGCUGGACAUCGGCCCAGAGCGGGAGGAGGCGUGGAUCAGCUGGGUGAAGUCUUACAUCCAGGAGGCGAGUGUGCUCGAAUUUCUGCUCUUUGAGCUCCGUUUGCGUAGAUUGUCGGAGCUUGAUAUGUUCCUUCCUACGGUGGAGUGGGUGGGGGAGUGAUUGAUCUUAGUGGGUUCUCUCUCCUGGUUGCGCAGCUGGUCGCCGGCGGCGUUCCGGACGAGCAAAGGAAGGCCACCAUGGACGCGGUGAACCCUAAGUACGUGCUCCGGAACUAUCUCUGCCAGAGCGCCAUCGACGCUGCCGAGCAAAGUGACUACGACGAGGUGCGGAGGCUGCUGAAGGUCGUGCAGCGCCCCUACGACGAGCAGCCGGGGAUGGAGAAGUACGCGCUGCUGCCGCCCGCCUGGGCCAACCGGCCCGGUGUCUCCCUGGUGUCCUCCUCUUGA